GGGUGUAAGUAGGGCAAGCCGCUUCCUGGUUCUCAGAAAGGAGGAGCUGGGAAGUGGAGUGGGCCAGCUGAGACAGCAGGGGGCUCAGAACUGCCCAGAGAGCCGGAGGUCCGCACUGAGACCGGAGCACGGGGAUUCAAGCAGUCAGCGAGUCGAGCUCAGAAGACCUUCAAAGUCGCUAAAAAAAUAAAUAAAUAAACAACAAGUAAGAAAAGAAGUAGCCGGCAGGGUGGGACACCGUAAUCCAGGAAGCGGACACCGGUCAGGUGGGAGGCGACGAACCAGGACAGGUGAGACGCCGGCGCUCAGUCUAACUUCUGAACAUCGGGCAAAUAAGCUGAGAGCGACGGGAAACAGGGACUCAACCUCGUCUGAGUUUAUGGACAGAAGGUGGUGAUGUCUCCUGGCGAGGACGGUCUGAUCGGGAUCCCCUUCCCAGAGCACAGCAAUGAGCUGUUGUCACACCUCAAUGACCAGAGGCGGACAGGUCUCCUCUGCGAUCUCACACUGACCUCUCGGGGCGCACGAUACCCCACGCAUCGUUCAGUCAUGGCUGCCGUCAGUCUCUACUUUCGCCGACUGUUUGGAGCAGAGGAAGCUGGAGGUGAGGGAGGAGGAGGUUUUAGUGUGUGUCAGCUGGACUGCGUGGCCCCAGAUGCUCUGGACGCUCUCUUGGAAUUUGCGUACACUGCUACUCUCACCAUUCCCAGCUCUGGAAUGAGGGAUGUCCUAAAAGGAGCUCAGCUUUUGGGCAUCCAGUGCGUGGCUGAUGCAUGCAGUGACAUCCUGGGGGAAACGGCAGAGGCAGAGAUUGAGAUGGCGGAGCAGCAGAUCAACCAGUAUGCAACUCCUGAUUGGAAGGUGAGAGAGAAUGGAGGCGUGAAAGACUCCAGGAGAAAAACAGGCAGGAGGAAGAUGAGAAAGGUUGCCUCACACCUCAUCAACUCCUCAGCGUUGAAUCUAUCGUCCGCUUCCCCUUUUUCAUACCCGUCACCGUCUUCUGACAGCGUUCGCUCGCUGACGUCCACCCAACCCCCGAGUCCAGAUCAAGAAGACCUCUGCCCCAAACCAAGGCAGAACGGGGAUCCUCAGCUUGUCAGAGAGCCUGGCAGGGGGGCAGCUAUGAAUGGAGGGAUGCUUCACUGGUUAAAUGAACCCCCUCGUAUCGCCCAGCCUCCUCCAGCCAGCAUGUCACAUGGGAAGCUAUCUGAGGACGAGAUGGAGGGAUUUGGCGCCGAUGAAAUCAUACUGGAAAAUACUCCAGUAUCGACAGCCGUGUCUGAACGAGAGGAGGCCACACCAGCAGUAGGGAGGAAGAGAAAGUCUCAAACCCCUCAGCAGUGUCCUGUUUGCCAGAAGAUCAUCCACGGAGCAGGAAAGCUUCCUCGCCACAUGAGGACACACACCGGAGAGAAGCCCUUCCAGUGUACAGCCUGUGGAGUACGCUUUACUCGGAAUGAUAAGCUGAAAAUCCACAUGAGAAAGCAUACAGGAGAGCGCCCCUACCCCUGCCCACACUGCUCCGCCCGGUUCCUCCACUCGUACGACCUCAAGAACCAUUUGUCCCUCCAUAGCGGCGCGCGGCCCUUCGAGUGCCUGCUGUGCCACAAGGCGUUUGCCCGAGAAGACCACCUGCAGCGUCACCGUAAGGGCCACAGUUGCCUGGAGAUACGAACACGCCGGCCCAAGCAUGACACAGAGUCUGGGGAUGAAGGAGGAGUCGAUGGUGCGAUCCAGCAGUCCAACCCUCUGGAGUCUCCGUCCAUGCAGGGCCGCUCAUCGUUGUUCCUUCCUCAGGCCGUAUUGGAUGGCGCAAGCGGCUCUGAUGCUGUUCACUCCAUGAUCUUUCAGGGGGAUACUGAGAGAGAACGAGCUCUCAGCCUGCACGCCCUCGCUCAACUUGGUGCCCACAGGCUGGCAAACUACCCUGAGCUCUUCAUGCGUGGUCUGGAUAUGCGAGGGGGCAGGGAGAGAGACGACAGAGGUGCUCUUCAUCUGCCACAGACACCACACAAUCGGUGGGCAGAAGAGUCACUGGAGGAGACUGGAGCAAAAAAGGCUCAAGAGGAGGAAUGAUGAAUGGUGUGUGUCUGUGUGGUAAAUAGUCCACAGUAAAAACAUACUCAGGUGGCUGGACUCAAUAUUGUGUGCUGCUUAUAUAUCAAUAGCUCUUUCAAAGGUUUUAAAUUAUGUAAUAACAAAAAACGGGUUUAGGAAUCUUAUAAAAGUUGUCCACAGUUAGUCUUUUAAAGAUUGUCUUUCUGAUUUUAUUCUCUGCUCAUGCAAGGCAUGAAUGUUUGCGGUUUCUGGGUGCUUUUCACUAUGCAACUUAAAAUCCAGAGCUGCAAGACCUGUUGCUGAUUCAUGUCGCUGUGGGCACCUGAUGUCCUCUGGUGGCUCUCAGCGGAAUUGCAAUGUGACCAUUCUUGGGUUUUCUUGGAUACCAAGGUAUCAAUUUAAAGUUGUGACAUGGAGAUGGUGAAAGUCAAUUACAGCCAAAAUUGGGGUUUGAAGACUAGCCGACUUGUUUAUGUUUAAUCCCCGAAGAAGCCUUUUCUGUAUUCCAAUGUUGAGCUCUGACGUGAGAUAACAGCUACUGCUUUCUAAAAUUAACAUCCCGGCGAGGUGCUACAGGAGAUGCCCCAUUCAUUGUAUUUAUUUAUUUAUUGUUUAUUUAUUGUGGCUUUCUGCUGUUCUGAUGAAUCAAAAGUGGGGCGCAACAAGGCUGUAUAAUGAUCAAGUCUUCAAAUAACCAAAGUUCGAAAUUGCAUUCUUAAAUGCAGCCUUUGCACAUGUCUUUCUAUAAACAUUCCAUUUUGAAAACAGAAAAUAAGGUAAAUGUAGCAUCAAGAUUGUUUUGGUAUGAGUAGCACUGCUACAUCUACAGGGGCCAAUGAUUUGUUUUAUUGUUUCCUUUCAAACAUUUGGUUUCACCCUGGGUUGAUUGGUUAUCAAUAUGAAAGCAGCAUUUUGUGUUUUUUUUUUUUAUUUGCUCUGCAAAAUCCUGCAGGGUCGGUGUGCACUAUGAGCUUCUUUUCGUGUCAUUUCUGUUUUUUCAAUUUGCACUAUGCGAUUUGAGAGGUGGUCGCCUUUUAUCUCUCUGUCAUUGAUGGCUAUUAACUCCCUUGGUACAUUUUCCAGUUUCUGAUCCACGUAAACAAUAUUUCCAAAUCUAAAUUCAUUGAAACCUAUUACUCAUAUUAGUCCAGAUAUAUAUUUAAAUAUAUUUAUUAAAAUGAAGAUGCCUUAGAUUAAUGUAUGUGUAUGUGUGUGUGUGUGAACGCGAGAGAGCGAGCGACCGAUUCUCAGGUAGCGUCGAGCAAAGCAUUUUAAAAUGUCAUAACCAAAUAGAUCAGGGCUACGUCAUCAUGUAAGGGACCAGUGGUGUCAGAACUUUAUCAACAAUUCAGUCUUAUUCUCAGAUUGUUUGUGCGCAUGGUAGGGAGCUUGUGAAUGAAUGAGAUCAUACCAGCAAAGUGAAUGUUUUAUUUGACUUUGGUGAAGGGACACGGGGUCCGGUCUGAGCAGACACCCCACUAUCAGGGAUACAUUUUUUUCUUUCAGUUGUUGAGUGAUCUCAGAUAUGAAUCCAUUUCCCAACAUUUUGUUUCAGUUCAAAUAAAAAAAUUAA